GUAGCGAGCCCAGUUUAAAUGGGUCAGUCCAAAUAACAAGAAGAUCCAUAUCGGAAAAGGAAAAUGCAAAAGAACGGCGAGCCUGACUUUUAUUUUUAUCCCCGAUGGCUAGCAAAUGAAAUUUUAUCGCCAACCAAACACACCCAAAAGGAUUUUCCAGAUUUCUAAAAUUCAAGCCAUUAGAACCGAAAAAAACAGUUUCAGUUUACCGCACAAUCAUUGCCUAGAGCAAGGAGCUCCCCGCUUGACUUCACUCAGCAUUGAGUUGCUGGUUCGCGAGAGCUUAAUUUGACUCUUUUUGGGGGUAAUGGGUCGUUCUCGCGGGAAUUUCCAAUCUGCGGAUGAAGACCCCACCCAGAGAUCAAGGAGGAAAAAGAAUGCUUCUACUGGUGAGAAUCUAGAAUCCACCUCUGCAGGGCAAGGUGCUGGUGAUGGGAAGAAGGCCUUGUACCAUUGUAACUACUGCAACAAAGACAUAACCGGGAAGAUCCGUAUCAAGUGUGCUAUGUGCCCUGAUUUCGAUCUAUGUAUAGAGUGCUUCUCUGUUGGAGCUGAGAUGCAACCUCAUAAGAGCAGUCACCCUUAUAGGGUUAUGGUUAGUGAUAACAAGAAUUUGUCUUUCCCACUUAUUUGCCCUGACUGGAAUGCUGAUGAUGAAAUUCUGCUUGGAGGUUCAGUGUCAAUUGAGUUUGCUCUUGACAUGUCUCAUGUUGUUGGGAAGAAUCGAAAGGAGCUUCUUGCUAUGGCAAAAGGAUCAUCCAUGCACGGGGAGCACAUUUUGAAGGAAGAUUCUCCAUUUUCUCCAUCCAGAGUCAAAAUCGAAGGUGGUUCCUCUGGCCGUUUACUGUCUCCAUUAAACACUGAUAUGGAAUCAGGAGGGCGUCCUAAUAAUGCAAAUGCAUCAAAGACUGCUGUUAAAAAGGCAUCUGAUCCUCAUAUAGAAAGGAGUUCCAAGGGAAAGAAACCAAAUUGUCCAGUUGAUGGUCCAUCCCUACUUGAUUUGAGUGGUUAUAACACAAAAAGGCAAGAGUUUGACCCAGCAUACGACAAUGAUGCUGAGCAGUUGCUCGCAGAGAUGGAGUUCAAAGAGAAUGACACUGAGGAGGAGCGUGAAAUCAAGGUUCGGGUCUUGCGUAUUUAUGGGAAGAGGAAGAACACGAGGAACUGCUCCGGACAGUCAUCACAGAGCACCGAACUCUCAGAAGAAUUCAAGAACUCAAGGAAGCACGUGCUGCUGGCUGUCGGACUUCAAUCGAGGCGGAUCGAUACCUUGACCACAAACGGAAAAGGGAAGCGGAAGAUAGUUCUCGUCGGGUCAAAGAAGGGGGGUCAGCUUGUUCCGAAUGUCGUAAUCGCUUCAGAAUCAGUUGGCAAGGACUCACACUUGAAAGGGUCGUCGAGCUAUAAUGUCAACGAGCUGGAUAUCACGGCGUUGUUUGACACCCAGUUGCUAUCUGAAGCUGAGAAGCGGUUAUGCUACGAGAUCAGGCUGCCACCACCUCUUUAUCUGCAAAUGCAAGAGGUGAUGACAAAAGAGAUCUUCGGUGGGAAUGUUUCGAAGAAAUCCGAUGCUCAUUCAUUGUUCAAGAUCGACGCCAACAAGGUGGAUAGAGUGUAUGAUGUUCUUGUUAAGAAAGGGAUAGCACAACCAUGAAAAUGGGGAAUGAAAAAGAAGCAAAUCACUUCAUUUCAUUCUUAAGUUCUGAUUUCUUGUAUUGUAAUUUAGGCAUAAC